AUGCCGAAACGUAGUGGUGAUAAAGAGAAUAGAAGGGCGAAGAAAAUAAGACGCCUAGAAAAAAAAAUAGCCAAAUACAAAGAAAAUACCCAAGAUGGCGAAACAGCCUCAACACAUGAAAGUGACCCUGAAAUUUGCUCAAUAAUAGAGUAUGUGGAUCAGAAUUACUGUGAAAUUCGAGAGUUGGAAUCUCAUAAUAUCUCUGAGCAAACUGAAGAGUUAGACAACUCUAUUCUAUCAGCACUGGGUGAAGCACCCACCAACAAGACUCUAUAUGGAAAUAAGAUACAUGAGGAGAUAUAUAAUGCAUUCAAAAAUAUCCUCACGGAGGGCUUGUCUAAAGAAAGAAAAGUAGAGAUUUUGGAGACACUCCAAAUACCCGGAAACUGCAAAUUGUUAGAUGCACCGAAACUUAACAUGGAAAUUGUGGGAGUUCUUAAUAACCCCUCCAAGACUCGUGACAAGUUGCUGGAGGAACGUCAAAAAGAAAUGGGUCUUGCAGUAGCGGGAAUAUCUCAAGUUCUGAAUGCUAUCUCAAAAUAGGGUUUUGA